CUGCUCCUCCAGUUCCUCCACCCUCCUCACGCAUCGGACUCACGGCACCGCCAAAGCGAUGUGUUCUAUGCGGGAUUUAGCUCCAUGGGCAGCAUGGGUCUGCUACCCCACCCUGCCUCGCUCCUCAUCACCAUUAUUGCAGCAGCUAAGGCCCUCAACCUGCGAGCUGUGCUCGUGACAAGUGGCGAUGACGCAUUGGAGGGUGCAGUCGCAGCAUUAUGGAGAAAAGAGGAGCAACAGGAUCAGGGGGAGGAGGAGGGGGGGACGCAGAAGAAAGAAACGGAUUCGAUUCUGAAGAGAAGAGACACAACACCAAAGCAACAAGCAUCACCCCACUUGUCAACCUCACCACUCUUGCCUCCAAGGCUACUUGCAAGUGGGAGGGUCCUGGUCCUUCAUGGGCCUGUCAGUCACAAGUGGCUAUUUCCCCGCUGCUGCUUCGUCCUGCACCAUGCUGGCAGCGGCACCACAGCAGCAGCACUGCGGGCAGGCGUGCCCCAGCUCCUCUGCCCCUUCAUCCUCGACCAGCACUACUGGGCGCACCGCCUCUGCUACCUUGGUGUCGCCCCUGCUCCUCUCCACCCAUCCGACCUCAUGCCUCUCGACCCGUCCCACCAGUCUCCAGCAACAACCGCACCUGCAGGUACAGCAACUGUCGUGAGUCGCUUUGCUGCUGCACUGAGUGCUGGCAUGAGGGAGCGAGCCCAGGAGCUCUCACGAGAGAUACAGACAGAGGAUGGUGUCUCAGUAGCUCUGGCUACGAUAAAGGAGGAGCUCUUCAAGUGA